UAAUGACGUCAUUUUCUACAGUGGUAUAUGUUUAGAAUAUAUCUUCAACACAAGUGCUCAAGUUAGUAUAUGUGUAUAUAUGCUUCAACACAAUUGACAGGUGAAAUCUGCAUUUAAUAAAAUGCUAACCUGUUGCCAUGGUGAUCAAGCGUACAUAAACAAACAGUACUGAACUGAAAAUUUAGUGAAAAUAUUCGAUUGCUUCGAUUAGAUUAACUAUUUGAUUAUGGAUGAACAGGAUUACAAAAGUGUGAUUCUUUACUACGGUAGAGAAAAGUUGUAUCGAACCAUGCACCGAACGGUUUUGGAUGCAAUGGGAAAGUUUACCGCUGAAAUCAGUUUUAGAUUUUAUAACGGAAUCGCAUUGAUUCUCGAAGGAGUGCGGCUGCAGGAAGGCAUUCGAGAAUUGAAUCAACUGCUUGGCGAAAAAGAUUUGGGAAUGGCUGUGGUGUUAAGUUUAAUGUAUGCCCAUAAACGAUGCAGUGUAAUUGAUAAAGAAGAACUUGUAAGUCUGGAUAGCCGUCUUAAAGAAGAACGCAAACGCCUUACAUCAAUAUCUGCAUAUUAUUCAGCUCUAUUCCUUUUUUUGACUGGAAAAUUUGAUAAGGCGAAAGAGUACGCAGAUAAAGCUCAAAGACUUGGACCAAACAAUCCAGAAAUUUUGACGUUGAAAGGAUGGUGUGAACUGGUUUCACAUAAGCCUCGCUCUACAUUUAUUUUGAAUCUAUUCGAUAAAGCCCUUGAGCAUGGGAAGCACAUCGAUGCCAACAUUGGACAGGUACGGUAUCACCAACUGAACAACGACUUUGAAGCUGCAAUUACUGUAUUAAAUCGACUGUCUGUACGAUACCCUGAGUUGAACAUUCCACUCAUAGAGAAAAUGAGGUGUCAUCUUUCCAAUUGGAAUUGGGAAAGUGCUGUUGAGACAUCGACUAGGAUUCUCAAUCUCGAGCCUACGAAUCUAGAAGCAUUACAAAUAAAAAUAUUGAUCCUUAUUGCAAAGGAAGGAAACUACACCAGUAGUCUAUCAGCGUUGCAGUACUUGUUCACCACGAUGGAGAAAAUUGAACCUGCUAAUGGGGAUCUCUUCAUGCAGACUGGACAACUAUUUUCCAGAAUAUGUGGAAGAAACGCAUCAAUUUUGUCUCAUGCAUAUUCUUUUGUGGAAAAAGCCUACAAGCUGAAUACAACUAAUGCAAAGUAUAUCACUGAAUUGGGAUACCAACACAUUUUGCAGAAAAAGUAUAAAGAGGCAACAAAACUGUUCAAGUUGGCAUCAAAACUAGAUGAUAGUUCAAUGUACGCUCUAUGUGGAUUGACUCUGUGCCAGAUGAUGGAUUCAGGAGUUAGUGAACAAGUUUCACAGCAGAUUGAGUUUUUAACCGAGAUUCAAGGAGAAGACAAAAUUCCAUUACUAUUGUUGAUGUCGUCGAAAUUACACCACACAAAUCACGAAAAGGCUGUUGGUAUGCUGCUACAAGCAAGUGAAAUUCAGUUCAAAAAUUUGAACACCCUUUCGUAUGGACUGGAGUAUUUGAGACAAUUUAAUCCUGAUUUUUUGAUUGAAUUGGUAAAGGAGCUCUUAAAACACUCUCCUGCUGAGCAAAGCAUUGAUAUGAUGUCAGUUGAUUCAUUACAUCCCUCACUUAGACAUAGUGCUAACAUACUAGACUCAAUAGUUAAAGCUUGUCCAGGUCUAGUCGAAGCUUCAUAUCUAUUGGCACGUGUACAAUAUCUCAGUGGUGAAGUGGGAGCUGCCGCCGGUACUUUACAGAAAAUUCUACAAGAAAUGGAUUCAACCUAUUCGGAUGCACACUUGCUCAUCGCGCAAAUUCAUAUUCAACAAAAAUCAUUUCAACGUGCUGCACAAAGCUUGGAAAUCUGUCUCAGCCACAAUUUUAAAGUCCGUGAUGACCCCAUGUAUCAUCUAUUACUUGGUAUAGUGUACAAAAAUCAACAACGUUUUGAAGAUGCUCUUAAGAGCUUUUUUGUCGCUAUGAGUAUUUGUGGAAUAAAUACCAAUGGAAGCCACGUGAAAUCACCGACAAGCAACAAGUCUGAUGGGAAGCCACUCGGCGUGUCCGAUUUGUUGACACUGUAUUUGGAAGUUAUAAACACCCAUGUGCUGAUGAAUCAAAACUCAGAGGCUUUGAAACUAAUGCAACUUGUUUCAUCCGAGUUCGCAUCUACAACCGAAGAAGGCAGACUCUCAGUUGCAACAGCAGAUUUUUACAUGCAGCAAGGAAAUUUUGUCAAAGCAAUUGAACUCCUAAAAACAAUUCAACCCAACCAACAAUACUACGUGCAGGCGAAAACUAAAAUGGCUCACUUCUACUUAGUUCACAAGAAAGACCGCUUAGCAUAUGCGCAAUGUUUUCGGGAAUUGGUAGCUAACUGUCCGGGUCCGUCCAGCUACCUAAUGUUGGGAGAUGCAUAUAUGUCCAUACAAGAAGCGGAUGAAGCAAUAGAAGCCUAUAAACAAGCUCAGAAGCAAAACCCACGGGAUGCACUACUUGCUAGUAAACUGGGCCGGGCUUACGUAAAAACUCAUCAAUACAAAAAAGCGAUAUCAUAUUACCAAGAAGCAAUCGCCUCUCCAGAGAACGGCCUUCUCAAACUAGAUUUAGCUGAACUUUUUCUGAAACUUAAACAAUAUUCAAAUGCCGAGCAAACCUUAGUUGAUGAAAUUGAACUAUCGAAAAAUGAAAUCGAGGAUAUUUGUACGCUGCAAACUAGAACCAAACAACUUUUACUACUGGCACGUGUUCGAGAGAAGGCAGGCUACUUGAGUUCAUCUUUGAACACCUUGAAAGAAGCUCGAGAUAAUCAAUUUAAAAUAUUGAAGCAUUUAGCAAUGGAGCAGAAUGUAGCUCUGCACGAGCAAAAUAAAAUUCUGGUGAAAAUUUGCGUAUUAAUGGCAGAGCAAUCGAUUGCUAUCCGAGACAACGAGCAAGCAAUCCACCAUUACCGUGAAGCACUCAGGAUCAACUCCAACGAUGUGGGCUUACUAUCUGCGUUGGCCCGCACCUACAUGCAUGUGAACAAUAUGGAUCAGUGUCAACUGACCUGCGCAACAAUACUGCAACACGAUCCAAACAAUGAGGCAGCAUCGGUUAUGAUGGCAGAUUUAUCAUUUAGAAGGAUGGACUUUGAAAACGCAGCAUUUCAUUUCUCCCAGCUGCUCCUAUCACAAUCGACGUACUGGACAGCGCUAGCCAGAUUAAUAGAGGUUAUGCGUCGAUCGGGAACCCUACACGAUGUAAAACAGUUUUUACUUCGAGCAGAGGAUGAUUGUUCUCGUCCGGACACUGAGGCUGGGUUGAAUUACUGUAAAGGACUGAAUGAGUGGUACGGUGGGAAUCCGAACAGUGCGUUAAGAUUCUUCAACAACUGUCGCAAAGAUCCCGAAUGGGGACAGCAAGCAAUUUAUAAUAUGAUUGAAAUUUGCCUAAAUCCAGAUGGGGAUCUUCCCAAUGAAGGCGUGAUUGACAUUGGGGCAGAUGAUUUGGAAAUUAAAGAUUCUAGGGCAAUGGCUCUUAGAACGGCUGAACGAUUACUCAAGGAGCUAAAGCCUCGUCCAGGUGUGAUCGAUAAUGAAGCGCUGAAUCAUAGACUAUUGGAAAAUUUCCAUUUAGUAGCUUCUAGACAGAAGCACAGCAUAGAUAGAGCGCUGCAGGAUUUCACAGCAAUUGCCACACAAGAAGAGUAUAAAGAGCACGUUGGAGCCAUUUAUGGCAUGGCAUCUGCUUACGUUAUAUUGAAACAACCGCAAAGAGCUAAAAACCAAUUGAAGCGAAUCGUCAAAGUAAAUUGGACUUUCGAAGAAGCUGAUUAUCUCGAAAAAUCUUGGUUGUUGCUAGCUGAUUUGUAUCUGCAAGCAGGGAAAUUUGAGAUGUCUACUGAUUUACUUCGACGCGUGCUAGAACAUAACAAGUCCUGCACCAAGGCAUAUGAACUACUAGGACUUAUAUCCGAGAAAGAACAAAAUUUUCGGAAUGCUUCUAUGUACUAUGACUCAGCUUGGAAAUGCAGUGCAAAAUCGAAACCAAAUAUUGGGUAUAAAUUGGCAUUUAAUUAUAUGAAAAUCAAAAGAUAUGCAGAAGCUAUUGAUAUUUGUCAGCAAGUUUUGAAAAUUCAUCCAGAUUAUCCAUCGAUUAAAAAAGACAUCCUUGACAAAUGCAGAAAUAAUCUGAAAAAUUAAAAAGUUUUAGCUAUAUUCAAACAUUGAUAUUUCUGUUUAACUAAGUUUUAUAUUUUACAUUCAUAUAAUAUAAUAUUGUACACCUAAUAAAUGUAUUCGUCACAACUA